AUGACUACUCUUUCCAAGCCGUUAUUUCUCGGACCAUCAAAAUGUAUUGCACUAUACAUGGAUCCUAACAAACGGUUACAACUCUACCUACGCUGCCCAUCAUUCGGAAUCGCCCAUAAGAGUGAAGCCAUAAGAAUCAGGGAUCUAAAAGUGCGACCUGACAACUUUGAGAUCAAUGGAACUAUCUACAGGCUAGGAGUGAUUACCCAAUACACGGAAACACCAAAUCCCAGAUCGGUUGCUGUUGACAACGCCAAACGAGGAGUUCAAGAAAACAUUGAUAUCUACGGUCUCCCGCCGAGACAGACACAAGAUGAGGCGGAAAAUGUGGAAUUAGAUAACGGUGAAAUGGCCCGUUUAAAAGAAAAGAUAGAUAGAAUGGAGCAAAACAAUGCGAGACAAGGAUUCCCUGGACACGGAAUCUCUUCACAACUUGGAAGACGUACUGAAAUUCAGCGACUCAGUUUGAAGGCGGAAGCAUACAACAUGAGAAUCAACAACACUCUGCCCCCAUUCCGUCAUUAUCUGCAAUUGACUAUUUCAACAGGAGAUUCAGUCAAAAUAGAGCGUGUGGUGUAUGACAAACAAUUUGGAACUGGCAAGGAAUACAUUGAGAAGAUAGUGUUUGGCAACAAAAAAGUUCAAGUUGAAAAUCUUCAAAUUGGCGCUGACAAAGAUUUCAAUGAUUAUGAGAACAACUUUGGUAUACAACGCGGCCCUUCUUCUCCCGAACCACUUUUCCAGUUGACACCACAAGCGGACAGUGUGAAACCAUUACUGUCGAUUCGAAGUUUGAAAGUAAGCGUGCUGAAAGUCACUUGCAUUCUGACGAAUGCGUUGGCUAGUCUUAGACCCAUUCUGUCUCAGACCCCAUUGAAAGAACUGAAAGCGCUUUGUCAUGAAAACACAUUUCCCGAGGACCCCAUUGUAAAUACAGCACAAUUCCUUGAAAUCGCAAAGUUCUGCCCAAUAAACGUACUAAGUAACCGCCCAAACUACCGAAUUCAUAUCGGUCAUGGUUAUAAUCAUAGUCAAAAUGACGAUGAUUUAAUCAACUUGGUGAACGAAUGGAAGAAAAGGGAGAUACCAGUUGGAACUUAUUACUCCAUAGGAGCUCGCUAUGAUUACUUGAUUACGGCCAUCUUCAGAACGUUUAGAAACAUGCCAGGAGCAAAGUAUGGAGAGAACGAAGAAACAAGAUUGACUAACUAUCCGGAGUGCAUCAUUGUCCCAAUGGGAAACAACACGGAGCUGAAUGCCUACCGCAGCGAGCCGACUGAAGUAGAGAGGGACCCCUUCAGUAGUAUAGUGACAAUAAAAUGGCACCCGAGAGGAUAUGCGAGAGCUGUUGAAUGA